AUGAAUGGAAUCCAAAGUCAAAACAUUUUAUAUCUGGAAACCCUUUGCCAAGACUUAUACUCCCCCAAAACACAAGAACUACGCGUCAAGGCCGAACAACUGUUAGACAACGCCUUUCCAACCUUUUCUGAAACCAUUUCGUCGCGCACCAAUGGGACUACUUCGAAUGUCAGUCCUUUGAAUGUCAGUCCUUUAGGUGUUAAAAUCCUAUCUCCUGUUGAUACUUCAAUGUGUUGUCGGUGGCUACUAGAAAAAUCAAAUUCACCUUAUGCCCUAAUGUUUGCUUCUGCGAGAUUAAAGAUUCUUUAUAAUGCUUUAGAAGCAUGUUCUAAUGAUACUCUUUCUGUACAAUUAGAAUUAAGCGAUUUCUAG